AUGCUUAUAAAUGAUGGCAGGAGGAUUUCUGAUACGGAAGUUCUUAAUGAAAUACGGAAAGAGGUGGCAAUGCUCACUCGCAACGAAGAAGAACGUACAAGUUCUCUUAUUCCUGCAUGUUUAAAUGGGGACGACGAGGCUGUAAGAGCAUUAUUGCCAUCCGGAGAAUAUGAUGUCAACGAGGUGGCCCCAGAUGGUGAAACUGCCCUCACCUGUGCUGUAUCCGCCAAUGCCCACAGGAUUGUUGAAAUGCUUUUAAAACGAGGGGUGGAAUGUACUCCACUCAUGGAAGCCGCAAGUGUUGGAUACACGGACAUUGUCAAACUCUUACUGGAAUAUGGUGCAUGUGUCGGUCAGAAGUCUACAACUGGCAACACUGCACUGCAUUACGCUGCAACUGCUGGGCAUUUGGAAUGCGUUUAUCUCCUGUUGCAAUACAAAAGUCCGAUGGAGGUUCAAAAUGAAACAGGACAUACGCCGCUGAUGGAAGCUACGAGCAACGGCCACAUUGAUGUGGCCCGUUGCCUUAUUAAACACGGAUGUGAUAUCAAUACCCACUCCACGGAAUUCAAAGAAUCAGCACUCACGCUAGCGAGCUAUAAGGGUCACGCCGAAAUGGUACGUUUUCUUUUGGAGGCUGGUGCGGAUCAUGAGCAUCGUACGGACGAAAUGCACACCGCUCUGAUGGAGGCUGCGAUGGAAGGCCAUACUGAGGUUGCUCGCUUACUGCUGGCUCACGGUGCCAACGUUAAUAUUCCUCAAGACAGUUUUGAGUCUCCAUUAACUUUGGCCGCCUGUGGCGGUCAUACGGAGCUGGCUCACUUAUUAAUAGGAUAUGGUGCGGAUAUCGAGGAAGUUAAUGACGAAGGCUAUACACCGCUCAUGGAAGCCGCACGUGAAGGCCAUGAAGAAACUGUUGCUUUGUUACUAGCUGUGGGUAAGUGGUAA